GUGUCAAAGCAGGCCGUGUAGUCAGCAAAAGUAGUGAGUGAGAGUACGCGUGGAACACACAGAUACCACCAGCGUCGUAGUAGGCUGCGGCGGGCACCACAGCCAAGUGACCGCGCGAGGAAAGAGAGUCGGUAGUCUGAGUCGAUCGGUCGCGCAAAGAACAUCGUCGGUUCCCGUACGUCCGUCCAGUAACAAGUUGACCAAGUGUAAGCCUAAUCUAAUUAACGCCGCGUCGCCGAACCCGAAACCGUCGUCACCAUGAGAGAAAUUGUGCAUCUGCAGGCCGGCCAGUGCGGAAAUCAAAUCGGAUCCAAGUUCUGGGAAAUCAUCUCCGACGAGCACGGAAUCGACCCGACCGGUCACUACCACGGAGAUAAUGACCUCCAGCUGGAGCGCAUCGACGUGUACUACACCGAGGUCAACGGCAACAAGUAUGUCCCGAGGGCGGUCCUCGUCGAUCUGGAGCCGGGCACCAUGGACUCGGUGCGCCAGUCUCCGUACGGAGCCCUGUUCAGACCGGAUAACUACGUGUACGGGCAAUCCGGAGCGGGAAACAACUGGGCCAAGGGUCACUACACAGAGGGCGCCGAAUUGGUCGACAACGUGCUCGACGUGAUACGCAAGGAGUCCGAAGCCUGCGACUGUCUGCAGGGCUUCCAGCUGGCACACUCGCUCGGCGGUGGCACCGGUUCCGGUAUGGGCACACUGCUCAUCAGCAAGAUCCGCGAGGAAUACCCCGACCGGAUAAUGAACACCUUCUCGGUCGUUCCAUCCCCGAAGGUCUCCGACGUGGUUCUAGAGCCGUACAACGCCACCUUGUCCGUGCACCAGCUGGUCGAAAACAGCGAUGCCACCAACUGCAUCGACAACGAAGCCCUCUACGAUAUCUGCUUCCGGACGUUACGGCUCGCCAACCCAACCUACGCCGACCUGAACCACUUGAUUUCCGUCACAAUGUCCGGCGUGACGACGUGUCUGCGGUUCCCGGGUCAGCUGAACGCCGAUCUGCGCAAGCUGGCCGUCAACAUGGUUCCAUUCCCGCGGCUGCACUUCUUCAUGCCCGGCUUCGCGCCGCUCACGGCCAAGGGCUCCCAGCAGUACCGGGCGCUGACCGUGCCCGAGCUGACCGCGCAGAUGUUCGACUCGAAGAACAUGAUGACGGCGUGCGAUCCCAGACAUGGGCGCUACCUGACCUGUGCCGCCAUCUUCCGAGGUGUGAUGUCGAUGAAGGAGGUCGACCAGCAGAUGUUCAACAUCCAGAGCAAAAACUCCAGCUACUUUGUCGAGUGGAUCCCGAACAACGUGAAGGUCGCGGUUUGUGACAUUGCGCCACGUGGCCUCAAGAUGUCGGCCACGUUCAUCGGCAACACGACUGCGAUACAGGAAAUCUUCAAGCGCAUCUCCGAGCAGUUUACGGCCAUGUUCCGUCGUAAGGCUUUCCUGCACUGGUACACCGGCGAGGGCAUGGACGAGAUGGAGUUUACCGAGGCGGAAAGCAACAUGAAUGAUUUGAUAUCCGAGUACCAGCAGUAUCAGGAAGCUUCCGUCGAUGAGUAUGAAGAUGACGGAGAAAUUAUCGAGGAAGAGGGUGAACAGAUCGCUGAGUAGAGGUGGUCGCCGUUGGCUUUUGAACCCCUUUUUGUGGCUAUUGUUUAUAGUAAACGAACAUAAAAGGGAAAUGUGUUCCAUAUACCUACAAUAUACAAUAAUUUUACAGUUGAGUCAAUAAAAAGAAGUUUAUAUCAAAGGUGGAGAAUGUAUUUAAACUUGUUAAGUAAUAAAUAUUGGCCAUUUUAAAAGACAAA